CAAACUCGUCAGUUCUACUUUGAGCGUAUGCCGCUGAACUGGACUGAAGCUCAGAGCUUCUGCAGAGAGGUCUACACUGACCUGGCCACCAUAGAAACCACGAAUGACACCAUUGCCGUAGUCCACACCACACCGAGCUACACAGGCAAGGCUUGGAUAGGCCUCUAUAACUACACCUGGAGAUGGUCCCUGAAUGACAGCAGCUUGUACGGUGAAGGAGAGGCAGCGUUCACAAACUGGUUUCCAGGACAUCCCUAUAAUCCUAAUGGACAACAGAACUGUGUGGUGUUUGUAAACUAUUACUUUUACUAUCGAAAUCGCAAUACUGGAAAUUGGUUUGUCGACUAUUGCAGCAACGACCGACCCUUUCUGUGCCACAUCGGUACGGUCAAUGGCACAUCAUCCUAUGUAAAGAUCGACACACCUUUGAAUUGGACCGAAGCUCAGAGAUUCUGCAGGCAGAAUUAUGCUGAUCUAGCGAGUAUACGAAAUCAAGCAGAAAAUGACCUCGUCACAAACCUGACAAUUGGGGAGAAUGUGUGGAUUGGUCUGCACUGGGAGCAACUGUGGUCUGAUGGGAGCACCUCUCUGUUUCAAAACUGGGCCAGUGGGUCACCAGUCAGCACAGAGCAGUGUGUCACCACAGAGUUCAGUAACUCAAGACAGUGGUCAGAUGCUAACUGCUCCCUCACUCUCCCGUUCAUCUGUUACACAACAACUCCUCCAAAAACAGAAGACUUCAGAUCUAUUGGACAAGAUGAGACCAGCAUCACUCUGCAGUGGAAUAAAGUGAACAACAGCUUCAGCUUUAUUCUCCAGUUUAACGGUGCAGAGAUCAACAUCCCUGCAGCAAAUGGAGAUGGACCAGUAACUCACACAGUCUCAUCUCUCACUGCUGCAACUAAAUACACGUUCACUCUCUUCUCUGUGUUUGAGAACGUCAGAAGCAGUGGUGUAAACGUUACUGCAGUUACCGCUCCUCCAGACGCAGACAACUUCAGAGCAACUGCACAAGAAGAGACCAGCAUCACUCUGCAGUGGAAUAAAGUGAACAGCAGCUUCAGCUUUAUUCUCCAGGUUAACGGUGCAGAGAUCGACAUCCCUGCACCAGAUGGACAUGGACCAGUAACUUACACUGUGUCAUCGCUCACUGCUGAAACUACAUACACGUUCACUCUCUUCUCUGUGUUUGAGGACGUCAGAAGCAGUGGAGUAACCAUAACUGCAGUCACAAAGCCUUAUUAUGUUCUUGCCAUGAACAUAAACUUAGAGGCAUCUACUCUGCUGUCAGACUCGGACUUGCUGAGUUUGUUGGAGGAGGUCUUCAGACGAUUCAGUUUGUCGCCACAGUUGUCCUUCAAAGUGUUGAGACGUGCGAUCAGAACAAGAUGAAAUGAAGGAGAAUAAAUACGCAAUACAAACUCUUUUUAUUCAAGUUAUUUAGACUUCACACUUUG